AUGCUCAACACUCGACCGGCUGGCAUGUAUGUCAAUGAGCAGAACCACCCGCUGACAUCAGCAGAAGUAAUGGAGUUCCACCAAACCUUUUCCCGCCAACUAAAUCAACCAGCCCUCCAAGUCAAACUUCCUUCAUCUCAUAAAAUCUUAUCCCGCAACAUGAGAUUCACCAACAAAAGCCCAUUCCUAGUAGUCCUACUACUCACCACCGCCGGCUUACCGACCCAACCCUCAUUGGGCCCGAACAGCCUUGAAGACGAUCCAGAUAUGGACCUCGAAGGGAUGUUGAUCGACGACGGGCCGAACAACGCCACCAGCCCUCCGCCCUCGGUUUUACCGAGUCUCACAUUCACCUCAGCUCUCGAGUUGCAGCCCCCUCAUCCAAUCUCUCUUGGCACUGCCUCGCCAGUCACCCUCCCGCCAGUCAGCCCAACGACCACAUCACUCCCCAAGGCGAAUGGCACAUCACCUUCACUCACCACCAGCGGAAUCGGCCAGGUCGUGGCAACUCAAACCGCACUACCUGCAGUCCCGAGAAACUCUGGUUCUCGAAGAUUGAACCUCACUUUCUCGAAUCUGCUGGGAGCAGUGAUCUGCCUUGGAAGUACAUGGGGACCUAUCAGAUUACUCUAG